GCUUGUAAACGUUCGUUAGAACUUAGAACAACUUCAACCAUGAUAUUUUGAAAUCAAUCAAAUUUGAGAUUUCUCUCAACUUUCUCUGUGGAGAAUUAUCUUUCAACCUGCGGGUUGUGCUGCAAUGUGAGGAUUGUGUUUUCUUUUCUUGUUUAAGAGAUGAAGCUAGAAGCUCUUAAACUUUUGUUACCAAGUCUUCGGCUGCGUCACCCAUCUCCAUCUUCAUAGUAAAUCCGGCUCAACAAUGUCCCACCGCCAACCAUCCUUGCCUUUUCUUAUCCUCUGAUUAUUGAUCAUCUUUUAACUCUUUCCAAGCCUUUCCAUCGCAUGGCAGAAGUAGCAGAUAAGUUUUAAGCCGAUCUUAACGUUUAUCCGAAGCCAAAUUCCAGAUUUUUUCAAGCUGGUAUGGUUGAAGGCUGUGUUUUGUAAGAGUAAUUGGACCUAUCUCUUUGGAGAAGAAGUUGAUCUGUGUCCAUAUUUCGGGUAAGUUUGCCUGCUCAAAUAUCAUUUAAAAGUUUCACCAUUAGAGAGGGAGAUGGAGCUUCAACAUUUCAUCCACGAACAUCCGUUGAUCUUCAUCGAAGAUCUGGUACCGGAUCCUUAUGAUUCUUUUUCUACUCACUAUUGCUUUGGUUGCCAGAAACAAGUAUCGGGUCCUAAUUACAGAUGCAAAGAGUGCACUUGGAUCAUCCUUCAUAAAUCAUGUGCAGAACUACCCCGUGAGUUGCGGCACCCGUUGCACCCCAAACAUCCCCUUCUUCUCAUCAAAGAGAACCAAGUAGGCAAAUGCGAGGGUUGCAAUAAAGAUCAUCUAGACGCCUACAGCUUCAUUUACAAUUGUUUUGACUGUAAUUUUUACCUUGAUACAAAAUGUGCUUCUCUGCCGCUCACCACCGAACCUGAAAGUCAUGCCCACCCAUUGACCCUCAUGCGGAGAUCUGUCUCUUUCACAUGCGAUGCUUGUGGGAAACAGGGCAAAGGCAUGUUUUACUCAUGUGCUGUCUGUCCAUUCUUGGUCCACCUAGAAUGUACUUCCUUCCCAUUGACUGUCAAGCAUAUCCGUCACCCCCACCCUCUCAACCUCAUAACCAACCCUCUUCACAAAUCCGACCAACCAGUUUGCGAACUCUGUGUUGAAAGUGUGGACACAAAUUACAUGGUUUAUUAUUGCUCUACAUGUGAUUACGUUAACCAUCUUCAUUGUGCUGCAAAUAAGGAACUGUGGGGUGAAACAUUUGUGCCGGGAUGCCGUGAUGAAUCCAUUGAUUCCAUUAGUACUUAUGUCGUCUUGAAAUCCAUACUAGGAGAACCCGUCGAAAUCAAACAUUUUUGUCAUGAUCAUGACUUAAAGCUUAUUGAUAAGAAAUUUGAGAAUUGUGAAAAAUGUGAUGCUUGUAUAUGGCCUAUCUCCACUCCGAUUUAUAAUUGUACUGAAUGCAAAUUCUUUCUUCACAAAUCUUGUGUUGAAUUACCCAAAAGAAAGUCACACCCACUUCAUCAACAUCCUCUUGUUCUCCACCAACAGCCCUCGGGCCGACUUCAUCCUACGUUUAUUUGUAAGGCCUGUGAUCGCUUUUGUAAUGGUUUGACCUACCAUUGUGACAAAUGCAAUUUCGACCUUGAUGUCCAAUGUAGUUUUAUGCCUGACAAGUUUAACCAUGACGGCCAUGAGCACCAACUUAUUCUCUCUAGUGCAUCAUAUUCUGAUAAGUGCAGCUCUUGUGACGUGAAACGAACAACCUUCUUUCGUUGUGCUAAUUGUGAUUUUUCUCUAGAUUUCAAAUGCGCUACACUACCACGUACCAUAAGAUAUGGACCGUACGAACAAUUAUUUACCCUUUGUUAUAAAGAUGAAGAUGAUUCUGAUAAUGAAUAUUAUUGUGAUAUUUGUGAAGAAAAACGGGAUCCAAAGCAUUGGUUCUAUUAUUGUGCGUAUCUCAGUUUUUAUGCUCAUCCCGACUGCAUUCUUGGGAAAUCUUCAUACAUCAAAUGUAGGAGGACUUGUCAAUAUGGCAUGCAAGAACAUUGCCUCACUUUGGAUGACAGGGGCGAGGGCAACCAUCGUCUAUGUGAUGAAUGUGGCAGUUUUUGCAAUGGCUUGACUUAUACAUGUGUCCGCGGUGAUUUGAGUCUUCACAGGUGGUGCUUUCACAAGAUUAAAGCACUAACAAGCUGGCUAUAUACUCUAGAGGAAUAUUCCUCUGGAGCAUAUAGAUAAGAGGAAGAGGAAGAGGAAGACGGAGACGAAGAUGAAGAAGAGAGCAACUUUGAAAAAUGAGAAGAAUAACAUUGUAUAUUAUGCUCAAGAGGAAGUGUCUGCAUUGAAAAAUGCUAUUUACUCCAAUAGAAGCUAUGUACGAGUAUUUGUAUUGAAAUUUUUUGAAGGUAAUUGUUGGGUUGCUUUUAAAUUAAUGUAGUUAAAUGCUUUCCAAUAGUGUUGCUGAAGAAGUGCUAGUUGUUUGAAGCUGAAAAUUCAUUUGGAAAUUGGGUUCCUGAAGGGAUAUAUAUAGAUAAAUGCUCCGGAAGUGCUACAUU